AGUGUGUGUGUGUGAGAGAGCAGUUCUUCAUGAAGUCUGUCCACCAGCAGCACACAGAUAAAGCAGAAUGAUCCUCAUCUGUGAUCAUAAACUUCUCAUAUUUAACCUGCUGCUCAUCAUGUCAGUGGUGGCAUGUGAGAUGAAGAUCUUGACUUUCACUGCUUAUGAAGGGGGAAAAGUUGAAAUACGGUGUCCCUAUGAGUCUGAAUAUGAAACAUAUAAGAAAUAUCUCUGCAGAGGAGAAUGUUGGAGAGUUUAUAAAGACAAAGUUGUUGAAUCUGGAUCUGCAGCUAAAGACGAGAGAUUCUCUCUGACCGAUAACACAAUGACCCACAUCUUCACCGUCACCAUCACUGAUCUGAGAACAGAAGAUCAAGGAAAAUACUGGUGUGCUGUGAAGACAGGAGUGGGAAACUUAGAUAACUUUACAGAGAUUUACCUGGAAAUUAAACAUGAUGUAAAUAGGUGA